UAAACGGGCCCGGAGCCCACCGACCCUCCGACACACCGACCACCAGGCCGAGAGCUCCGCUUCCGCCGCAGCAGGGAAUUGCUUCUGGGAAAGAUUUGGGAACUCUGGAGACACGGAGAGGAAAAACUUCAGAUUAAAGAAAGAGGACAUGGAGGUUUGUCACACUGGAUUCUACACGGAGGACUUCAGCACGCAGGAAGUGCCUGCAGAUUUUGACUUUGCGUCUUAUGACAGCCCUGGUGAAGACCUGUCUUUUCUGUUAGACAGCAAAGCCUUUGGACAGCAGCAGUGUGGGGUGGACAGCAGCUACCCAGAACCGCCUAAAGCUCCAAAUCUUUACGACGCCAAAGUAGGUGCCACUGAUGCCAGACUCCUUAACUUGGACUCACACCAGGACUUUAACUGGUGGACCUCAUACCCACAUGACGGGCUGACUGUGGACCAGUCCCUUACUGGAUACCAGGAGUCUUUGCAGACGUACCAGAACCUGGUGCCUCAGGCUGGACAGUUCAGCCCAGCGGUGGAGAGCAGCCACAGCCCGUUUCUGACCGGAAAAGGAUCAAACACAUUACACAAUAAAACCGAUCAGAGUUUCUACGACUCAGACGAUCACAGACAGACUUCAUCCUUCUGGCAAGAAUAUCCAUCUCCCAGUUUCACCGCCCCUCCUCUUCACCCUGGUCCUCCAUCAUCCAGCCCCUCAAAUCCCACCACUCUGCCUACAGAGCAAUACUGCCCCCGUGUGACCAAACGGAAGAACACACACCUCCAGAGGCCAGAGAGAGAGGGCCAUAUAACGGGAAUGUCUGCUUAUCCAGGUUCUGGUCCCAUUCAGCUGUGGCAGUUUUUACUGGAACUUCUUCUGGACUCUGCCUGCAGGACAUUUAUCUCCUGGACGGGAGACGGCUGGGAAUUUAAGAUGUCUGAUCCCACUGAGGUGGCCAAACGCUGGGGUCAAUGCAAGAACAAGCCAAAGAUGAACUAUGAGAAGCUGAGCCGCGGCCUGCGUUACUACUACCACAAGAACAUCAUCCACAAGACGGCGGGCAAGCGCUACGUCUACCGCUUCGUCUGUGACAUGCAGGGCAUGCUGGGAAAGACGGCGCAGGAGGUCCUGAGCAGCCUGAACGUCCUGCCCACAAACACGAAUACAGAGACAUGGCAGUCCUCAGGGGAAGCUGUAGCCGAGCACAGCAGCGGGGCGUGGGUCUCCCAGUAGGGAAACGGUCCUGGUAGGGUUUGGAUCGGGCCGGCAGGGAACCACUGAUGUGUUACAGAUCAGGAACUCUGCUGAUUCAGGACCUGCGAGAACCAAAAUGUUCUCUGAGGUUGAAUCUGUUCCAGGAAAUGUAAAGAUGCUACAUUUCAGGAAAGAAAACUAGCAAAAACACACAUAUCCAUCAGCCGGUUAGUUUUUAAAGACCUGUUGGCAAAUAAAAACAUUUAAUUUAAAAUGUUUUAAAUCUCAGGACCAAUGUAGCACAGGAACCAGCCAUUUAAAGCACUACAGAUUGUGUCUGAAUAAGAAGAAAAGUGUAAAUAUUGUUUAUAAGACUACCUUGUAGAGUUUUGUGCAUUUAUAUUAUUAUUGUUAUUUUUAUACAAAACUCAUUUCUACCUCCUUUGCUACUGAGAAGAACAAACUGGUGUUUAGUUCAGACACUGCCAGAGAAGGUUUUUAUUGGUUUCUGAUGAUUGUUUUGUGUAAAUAAAACCAGUUGCAGACAAAAA